AUGGUCCGUCAACUAAAAUACCACGAGAAAAAACUCCUCCGCAAAGUAAACCUAACAACCUACAAAUCCGACAACUCGCACCGCGAAUAUGCCGUGCGCCAACGAUACCACCUACAAGACCCCACAGACUACAAGAAAUACAGCACGCUGUGCGGAUCCCUGCGGCAGCUGGCGCACAAGCUAUCCGAACUAGACCCGGACAGCGACCCGGUGCGCCAGAAGCUCGAGGCCGACGUGCUCGAGAAGCUGUGGCGCAUGGGGAUCCUGAAGCAGUCCCGCGAGCAGGGGGCCGGGUUAUCGCGUGUCGAGCGCGAAGUCACGGUGUCGGCGUUUUGUCGGCGGAGGUUGGCCGUUGUGAUGGCGAGGUCUGGCAUGGUCGAGAAUAUUAAGACUGCCGUCACCUUUAUCGAACAAGGCCAUGUCCGCGUUGGCUCCGAGGUCGUUACGGAUCCCGCCUACUUGGUUACCCGGAACCUCGAGGAUUUCGUCACCUGGGUGGAUAGCAGCAAGAUCAAGCGCAGUAUUAUGCGGUAUCGGGAUAACUUGGAUGAUUUUGAUCUUAUGUGA